AUGUCAUCCUCAAAUAAUAGCUCAUUAUAUUCAUAUUACUUGAAAAAUGUCUCAAUCUAUGGAGGUAUACCUAUAUUUAUUGGUGGUUGUAUUGGUGGUAUAUUAAAUAUUAUUGUUCUUAUUAGUUUAAAAACAUUUCGAGAAAAUUCAUGUGCAUUUUAUUUAACUAUGAUUUCAUUUGUUAAUAUUGGUCAUUUAUUAACAGGAUUACUUCAUCGUAUUUUAGUUAGUGGAUUUGAUAUUGAUUUAACAUUAAUUUCAUCAAGUUUUUGUAAAUUAUUUCAAUAUAGUUUACAAGUAUGUGCAUUACUUUCCAUUACAUGUUUAUGUUUAGCAACAAUUGAUCAAUAUUUUGCAACUUGCUCUCAUUAUCGAUGGCGUGAAUGGAGUAAUAUUAAAAUAUCUCGUCGUCUUACUAAACUAUUUCUUAUUAUUUGGCUUAUUCAUGGCAUUCCAUGUUUAAUCUAUUUUGAUUUAAAUAAAUUAAUUUCUACAAAAAAAUUUCGUUGUAUGAUUAGAAAUAAAAAAUUUUCAAAUUAUUUUAUUCAUGGUUAUUCAGCUAUAUUAACAGGCUAUCUUCCAAUAUUUGUUACAAUUUUAUUUGGAUUACUGUCUUAUUAUAAUAUUAAAUGUUUAUCAUCAAGCAGAAUAUCGAAUAUUCGACGUGAAUUAGAUAAACAAUUAACAACUAUGAUAGUUGUACUUGAUAUAUUUAAUAUAAUUGCUUUAAUGCCAUAUCCAAUUAUAUUAAUAAUUCGAUCAAUAUCAAGUAUCAUUGAAGAUCCAUUUCCUGCUGAAAAAAUUAAUUUUAUUAGUAAUUUAACAGUCUUUUUUUAUUAUUUAUAUUUUGCAAGUCCAUUUUAUAUAUUUAUUUGUGUAUCUGAACGAUUUCGACGACAAUUAAUUUAUGUUCUUUUUAAAAUUCAUCUUGAGCGUUGGCGACGACGGAGAAUGAUUUCAAUAUUAAUAUUACCACAUUAG